CGGCAACGCGCGGAGCCGGCGGAAAUGGGGCUGAUGUCCCGCGGCGGGCCUGGGGGCCUCGAGCACCUUCGUCCUCCCGGGCCCGCCAGAGGUGGUGCCCAACCCAGUCCCUUCCCUACCACUCGGGGACGCGGCCCAGGGAAGCAGCCGGGCCCCCGGCAUGGUGCUCAAGGCCUUCUUCCCCACGUGCUGUGCCUCAGCAGACAGUGGCCUGCUAGUGGGACGAUGGGUCCCGGAGCAGAAUAGUGCCGUGAUCCUGGCAGUGGUGCACUUUCCCUUCAUCCCCAUUCAAGUCAAGAAGCUCCUGGCUCAGGUGCAGAAAGCCAGCCAAGUACAAGUGGCUGUGCUAGGCACCUGGUGCCACCGUCAGCAGGAACCCGAGGAGAACCUGGGGCAUUUCCUAGAAGGCCUAGGUGCCAUCUUCUCCCACGAUCCCUGGUUGCAGCUAUGCCGGGAGAGGGGUACCAGGUUCUGGAGCUGCAAGGCCACUUACCAUCAGAUGUCCACCAAUCUGGGCACACCCACUGAAGACCAGGUCAUGCUCAUCUUCUACGAUCAGCGCAAGCUGCUGCUCUCCUGGCUGCAUCCCCCAGCAGUACUGCCUGGCUGCCAGGAUGGAGAGACCACAGCCAGCACAGGAGGCCUAGCUGACGUCUUUGACACAGUGGCGCGCAGUGAGGUGCUCUUUCAAAAUGACCAGUUUGAUGAGGGCCCGGUCCGCCUGAGUCACUGGCAGUCAGACGGCAUGGAGGCGAGCAUACUUGUGGAGUUGGCGAAGCGGGCUUCGGGGCCUGUCUGCCUGCUGCUGGCUUCUCUGUUGUCCCUGCUCUCUGCAGCUAGUGCUAGCUGGCUGUGGAAGCUGUGGCCCCUUUCUUUCAUCAGAAGCAAGCUCUCCACUUGUGAACAGCUCCGGCACCGACUGAAGCACCUCUCACUCAUCUUUAGCACAGAGAAAGCCCAGAGUCCCAUGCAGCUAAUGAGGAAGGCCAACAUGCUGGUUUCUGUGCUGCUGGAUGUGGCCCUUGGCCUGCUGCUGCUCUCUUGGCUCCACAGCAAUAACCGAAUUGGACAGCUGGCCAACGCCCUGGUCCCCGUGGCUGAUCGCGUGGCUGAGGAGCUCCAGCAUCUGCUGCAGUGGCUGAUGGGUGCUCCUGCUGGGCUCAAGAUGAAUCGGGCACUGGAUCAGGUGCUAGGCCGCUUUUUCCUGUACCACAUCCAUCUGUGGAUCAGCUAUAUCCACCUAAUGUCCCCCUUUAUUGAGCACAUCCUGUGGCAUGUGGGCCUCUCAGCCUGCCUAGGACUGACUGUUGCCCUGUCCAUCCUUUCGGACAUCAUCGCCCUCCUUACCUUCCACAUCUACUGCUUCUAUGUCUACGGUGCCAGGCUGUACUGCCUGAAGAUCUAUGGCCUCUCCUCUCUCUGGCGUCUGUUCCGGGGGAAGAAGUGGAAUGUUCUGCGCCAGCGGGUGGAUUCCUGUUCCUAUGACCUUGACCAGCUUUUCAUUGGGACCUUGCUCUUCACCAUCCUGAUCUUCUUGCUGCCUACCACCGCUCUGUACUACCUGGUAUUCACCCUGCUCCGGCUCCUGGUGAUCACUGUGCAGGGCCUAAUCCAUCUACUUGUGGACCUCAUCAACUCCCUGCCUCUAUACUCCCUUGGUCUUCGACUCUGCCGACCCUACAGGCUGGCUGCUGGUGUGAAAUUCAGAGUUCUGGAACAGGAGGCAGGCAAGCCCCUGCGCCUCCUGAUGCAGAUAAACCCCUUGCCCUAUAGCCAUGUGGUGCACACCUACCGCCUGCCUAGCUCUGGCUGCCAUCCCAAGCACUCCUGGGGUUCCCUGUGCCGAAAGCUGUUCUUCGGAGAGCUCAUCUACCCCUGGAGGCAGAGAGAGGACAAACAGGACUGAGGAUCUGGACACAGCCUACCCAUAGCAACUGCACAACCAUCGCGCUUCCUCUCUGCCAGGAUAGCACUGACCAUGGGUGGUUUAUCUCAGGUCCUACAUGGUCCAACCAGACACUGUGUACUGAAUGUAGGCAGGCCUCAUCUUUGAGUUACUACUCUAGCUCUCAGGCCCUGUCAGCUCCAUUCCUGCACGCCAUCUCUAGCACAGUGGUUCUCAACCUUUCUAAUGCUGUGACCCUUUAAUACAGUUCUUCGUGUUAAGAUGACACCCAGACUUACAUUUUCAUUACUACUUCAUAAUUGUAAUCUUGUACUGUUAUGAAUUGUAAUGUAAAUAUCUGUGUUUUCCUAUGGUCUUAGGGAACCCCUAUGAAAGGAGUUGCAACCCACAGGUUGAGAACCACUGCACUAGCAUCACCUAUGAUCCCCCUGUUUGUUAUGGUCAUUGCAGUCAUUGCACUGAGCCUGCUUCCUAGGAGGGCUCAGACUCUGGAUAUGCUGGCAGGUUUCCUUGACUGCUUUAGUGGGUGGGACCACUCCUGGGGUACCUGGUGCACUCCAGAAGCCUCAACAGAAUAUUCCCAUCUGGGGAACUGAGGCAGCUCCUGAUCCCCUGCCCCAGCAAACUAAUCCCUCACUCUGUGCUUCACUGGGUUUGCUUGUUGCUGCUUCCUGGAGAUCACUUUGUGAAGGUGCUGCUAAUUGGCCACUGGGUGCCCUUUGCUUGAAGUCAGACCAUGUGGGGUAAUUGGGUACCUGCCCACCUGGCUGCUCUGCUCUUGCUGAGUGCCCCAUGUGGGGAUAGACCCUUUGGCAAAAUAUUUUCUUCUCUCAUUGACUCCUUACAGGACCAGACAGCUCCCAUCUGGACAGGCACUUUUGUGGCUCAGUGUGUGAAUGACCUUGGGGAGGUGGAAUGGCCAGGGUUUCCUGCCCACUUAGUAGGAUCCCAUGUGAACUAGUCCCUAGGGGGCAGGAAGGUGCAGCCAGCCCUGCCUGUCUCUCGGGCAUUCAGGACACUCUACAUUGGUUCGUCUGUGCCUGCUUCCCUUUGCUCUAGGCCACAGCAACCCUUAAGCACCCAAUGGAGGGUUGGUGAAGAUGGAUCCUGACCCUGUGGUGACAAUAAAAACCUCUCAUGAAUUUGGAAUAUCAGCUCAGGUGUGAUUCAAGUCUGGCCAGGCUCUAGGUGCAGGCUGGAUGGAGCAUUGUCUCCAUGAUGACCACCAUCAUUUCCUGCCCGAAGUUUCUCCAAUGACUGCUGGGUAUCUGUGCAGCCGUAAGCCCUUGAAGACAUCUUAGAUCGAUGAACAAACCUAGGGCCUCACCCUGGUUCCAGCAGCAGGCAUACAGUCUGGUGGAGAAGGGGUGUCGGGGAUGUGGGGUGUCUACUCGGAGCUCUGAGCAUGUGAAUUCCAUACAUGGCAGAGUACUGACCUGGACUGACAGAGUUUCUCUAUGUAGCACUGGUUGUCCCAGAACUUGCUGUGUAGACCAGGCUGACCUCAAACUAAAAGAUCUGCCUGCCUCUGCCUCCCGAGUGCUGGGAUUGAAGGCGUGCACCACCACCACCCAAUAUGAACUAACAAUACCAUCUGCAUGCAGUCUUGAGAUGACUCCAGGCCUGGUUAUGCAGAGGAAGCCCUCCUAGUCUGGGGCUCCACAAAGGAGCAGUAGAGGCCAGCUGGGAAGUGCCAAAGGGCCCUGUAGUCAUGCACCCAUCCAGAGCUCACUGAAAGUGGUGUCUGUCAUCUGCGAUCCUGGAGGUCACACUUUAGGUAGGCCCCACAGCUGUCUUGCCUUGGACCUGGGCUGCUUGAUAACCCUUUGGGGUCCAUCUGUACACAGGUGGCCAUUUCCUGUAUAUGUAUCCCUUUCCACUCUGCCUGGCCACCCUGACAUCCUUUAGCUGCCUGUGUUCACCCCUUCACCCCUGGACUUCCAUUAGGAGAAGGUGCUGAGCUCAGCCCAGCUGGCCCUUUUGCAGCCCUGUCAUGAGAUUUGCCUGGCAGCUUUCAUUCUGUGCAGCAGAAUACUGGGCUGUCUGCCCUUCUGGGGACCAGUCAGGACCUGGCACCAGAGCUGGCUGAAAGAACACUGGCAUUAGAGCCACAAGAGUUGCUUUUUGCAGAGAGCUGUGUCUGUGGAGGUUUUCUGAUUAUUCUCAGAUAUAGCUCAUGCAUUUGUAACAACAAGGAUUGUUGUCUCUGUGGGCAUUUCCUUGGUAGACAGGUGCCUAGUGCUGUCAGACUGGUGGCUUUUCCCGGGAGCUGCCAGGGUUCCUAUCACAAGCUGCCUUCCUUUGUAACUAGAAGCUUUGAAAUCGGCUCUCCUAGAAGAUGCAGAUUUUUGAUUGUGUGAAUGGGUACUAUUGAAAUUUGAUCCACUUACUAACUCUACCUAGGCCUGGAGCUUGAUGUGUAGAUCAGAUUAGCCUCAUGAAUUUGCCUAUCUCCCAAAUACUGGGAUUAAGGUUUGUGUCACCAUGCCUGACUUUACCCCGUGUAACUAAAAGCUUGUCUACAGAUAUGUGGGACACGAAAAUGGCCUGCCCUCCUCAUUCUUUCUCUACUAACUGCAAUGUCCAUCCAGGUGUCUGGAUCUGUCUACUAUGAGAGGCUUGUGUGGCCGCUCCUUGCUGCCAAGCUAAGGCCAGGACUUCUGAGUAAUUGAAACUUCUAUUUUGAAACAGGGUCUCAUGUAUCUGAGGCUGGUCUCAAGCUGGCUAUGUAGCCGAGGAUGACUUUGGCUGAUGAUCUGCCUGCCUCACUUCUUGAGUGUUGGGAUUACAGUUUUGUAACACACAGUUUAUGCACUGCUAAGGAGCAAACCCAGAGUAUAAUGUGUGCUAGACAAACUAUCAGCUGACUUCUGUUUCCAGCCCAACUGAAUUGUUUGUGGGUACUUCUGAGCUUCCUGGACAUGGGUUGCAGGACCCAGGGUCUGUCCCUUUGUAUGAUUCCCAGAGCUCUCUGAGGACUUAGGGUCCUACCCCAGGGUGGGGAAGUUUGUCUGUUCUAAUUAUAACAAAAUGCAGGAGACCAAUUUCUUUAUGGAUAGAGGUUUAUUUGGCUUGUCCAGAGUCUGUGAAUCCAAUCACACAGUCAGCAGCAUCUGGUUGUGGGCCUUUUUUGUCAAAACCGUAUGGUACUAGUCAUCACAUGGUGAGAACAAAACAUGUGUGCUAGCUCAGCUCUCCUCCUAAAGUCACUAAUGCCACCAUGGGAACCACCCUCAUGACUCCAUCUAAGUCUUACUGCCCAUGAGUCCUGCCUCACAAAUUGUGAAAAAGGUGAGCCACCAUGCUGGCUCAGUGCACUCAGACUCAAAGGUCCAUCUCUGUUCAUGGAAAUAGUCUCAAGGAAAGCCUCAAAAUAAAGUAUAACCAGUUCUCUCAGUGUUAUAAUAUAGUCAAG